UGAACUAGAUGUUGCAUACAAAUUGAAAUUAUCAGAUGCGCCUAAGAAGCUAAAAUCAAAAGUGUGGCAGGUUUUUUUGGUUUCAGGAUGAUAGCCCUACCAAUAAAGCAAAGCGUAAACUGUGCUUCACGGAUGUGGCGUACGCUAAGUCCGGCUCAACCACUUAUCUAAUUUAAUGCAAUAUGUCAAACACAAACAUAACGUUGAUUUAGCAAGACAAAGAGGUCGCACAAGUGCAACUACUCAAGUCGCCAGCCAGAAAAGUAGUUCUAUUUCUGUUGGAGUUUUGUUAAGUUUAUUAGAGAAUGUGAUUUGUCCUACAGGUAACAGGUGAUGCUGUCAUGGCACAGUGAAUGACGCGUACAUAGAGUUCUCUUCUGGCCUCCAAAAAGUUCAAAUUGACAAAACAAAAGACAGAAAGCAAUAUCAUGGAAAGUGAGAAUGAGAUUAUAAACGAUUUUGAUUCCACAACCCAAACUAGCGUAAACACUAUGUCUGCUAGGGUAAGUGUGGUGACCUUAAAUUCAGACCGAAAACAAGGUGACUUUAGCUGUGUUUGCGUCAAAAUGGAGACUGAUGAAUGGUAUACCGAUAAUACGGCUGCUGAUUUGUAUUCUGGGUGUGCCAAAUCAGAACAGGUUCUAUGGGAAGAGAGACAACCAGAUUGUAACAAACAAGACGCCUUCAAUGUAGUACAUGAACAAAGAGGAUGUUUACAGAUGGAUCAAGAUUACACCAAACAAGAUGGUUUAACCUCCGAAUGUGUGAAAUCAGAACAGAUGGAAUAUGAAAUUCUGCCUCAAGAUGUCACCAGACAAGCUUGCGUCGAUUCUGUAUGUGUGAACAAAAACACGAUUUCCAAUUCAAAUGCAUAUACAGCACAAGAUGAGCAGUUUCUAAAUCCAAAUACAGACCAGAGUUAUAUAACAACAAAUGAUCCCAAUUAUGUAUGUGGUAUAGCUAAACAGUAUGUAAAUACAGAUACGGACAAUGAAAAUAGAACAGAAAAUGAUCCAAAUGCUUUAUGUGAUCAUUCAAACGCUAUCGAGAAUCAAGCUCAACUGGCCUACCUAAAUUCUGUAUUUCCGAAAAGGGAAGAGAUUGAGCUUUCAAAUGUUGACCAAUAUUGUACAAGACCAACUGUGGGUGGAGAGAGAAUACAAAAAGAACGUUACUCAAACCUUGAUGUUCAUAGACAUUCAAACUCCGAAAAAGAUGACUCUGAGAUAUUGUUGGAAAGAGACAAAAGGAAGCGCGAGAGCUGUCAUGCAACUCUUGCGGAACCAAACAGAUUUCUAUGUGAAGAUUCAUCCAGUGGCGUGGUCCAGCCAAUGAGUCCUUCAUCAAGAGAUAGUGAAGUGAAUGCUGUGACAAGGACUGUCCUUUCUCUGAAACCAGCUAAGAUAAAAUUGAACGAAAAGGGUGACAGAGUAAAGAAAGUUAAGAGAAUGAAGAAAGCCAAGACCCUGAAAAAAGACAAGACUGAGUACAGUCAUCAAGAGAGGAACCUGACCAGCUGUAUGAACCUGGAACCUCGAGAUAAUGACCAUUUUCUCUACUGUGGAGAAUGCAACUCGGAGUUUGAAGGGGACUGCCCUGUCCAUGGACCCUAUAACUACAUACAGGACAAAGAGGUGCCAGAAGUGGACCCACUUAAAGCUGAUCAUACCGUGCCAGAUUGCCUUGUAAUCAAAACGUCCAAAAUAGCUGGAGCUGGUCUUGGAGUAUUUUCCAAGGAGGGACUGGAAUCCAGGGUCAUGUUUGGACCAUAUGGGGGCAAUAUCUUUGCUGAAAACCAGAAAUCAGGAUAUUGCUGGCAGGUUAAGGAAGGUAAAGCGAGCCAUUUUGUGGAUGCCCAGAACAAGGCCACCUCUAACUGGAUGAGAUACGUGAACUGUGCAAUGACAGAGGCAGAUAAGAACCUUGUGGCGUUUCAGUACAAAGGAGGCAUCUAUUACUGCACAUUGAAGCAAUUUUCACCAGGAGAGGAACUGUUGGUCUGGUAUGGAGACGAAUUUGCCAAAGAACUUGGCCUCAUCAGAGACAAAAUUGUGUGCAGUUAUUCCAGUAAAAACAGUGGUCACGUGAAUAAACACAAGAGGAUACAUACAGGAUUAAGACAGUACACCUGUGAGGUGUGUGGCUAUUUAUUUAAACGUAGUGAUCACUUGAAGACACACAUGAGUAUACAUACAGGAGAAAGACCGUACAAGUGUGAGGAGUGUGAUUAUGAUUGUAAACAUAGUCAUCACUUGAAGAUACACAUGAGGAUACAUACAGGAGAAAGACCGUACAAGUGUGAGGAGUGUGAUUAUGCUUGUAAACAAAGUAGUUAUUUGAAGAUACACAUGAGGUUACAUACAGGAGAGAGACAGUACAAGUGUGGGGAGUGUGGCUAUGAAUGUAAACGUAGUGAUGACUUGAAGAGACACAUGAAAAUACAUACAGGAGAGAGGCAGUUCAAGUGUGGGGAGUGUGGCUAUGAAUGUAAACGUAGUUAUCACUUGAAGGCACACAUGAGGAUACAUACAGAAGAAAGACAGUACAAGUGUGGGGAGUGUGGCUAUGAAUGUAAACAUAGUCAUCACUUGAAGAUACACAUGAGGAUACAUACAGGAGAAAGACUGUACAAGUGUGAGGAGUGUGAUUAUGCUUGUAAACAAAGUAGUAGUUUGAAGUUACACAUGAGGAUACAUACAGGAGAGAGACAGUACAAGUGUGGGGAGUGUGGCUAUGAAUGUAAACAUAGUGGUAACUUGAAGAUACACAUGAGGAUACAUACAGGAGAAAGACCGUACAAGUGUGAGGAGUGUGAUUAUGCUUGUAAACAAAGUAGUAGUUUGAAGAUACACAUGAGGAUACAUACAGGAGAGAGACAGUACAAGUGUGGGGAGUGUGGCUAUGAAUGUAAACGUAGUGGUGACUUGAAGAGACACAUGAGGAUACAUACAGGAGAGAGUCCAUACACGUGUAAGAUGUGUGAUUAUGCAUGUAAAGAGAGUGGUUCGUUGAAGAGACACAUGAGGAUACAUACAGGAGAGAGUCCAUACACGUGUAAGAUGUGUGAUUAUGCAUGUAAAGCGAGUGAUUCGUUGAAGAAACACAUGAGGAUACAUACAGGAGAGAGUCCAUACACGUGUAAGAUGUGUGAUUAUGCAUGUAAAGCGAGUGGUUCGUUGAAGAAACACAUGAGGAUACAUACAGGAGAAAAACUGUAUAAGUCAGUGUUAGGAGUGUGAAUUUGCGUGUAAACAAAGUAGUUUGUUGAAGAAACACAUGAUGAUACAUAUAGGCGAGAGGCCUUACAAGUGUGAGGAGAGUGAUUAUGCAUGUAUCCAGAGUGAUACCUUGAAAAUACAAAUGAAGAAACAUGCUUGGUUGUACUUGUAACCAUAGUGACGAUUUGAAUUUUGAAGAAACGCACAAGGAUAUAUAAAGUUGGUGUGUGGCUAUCCAUGGAUCCAUGGGAGGAAGACUUUAAAAAGUGUUAGGUGUGUAGUUAUCCAUAUAUCUAUGGGAGGAAGACUUUUAAAAGUUUUAGGUAUGUGCUUAUCUAUGUAUGCAUGAGAGGAAGACUUACAAAAGUGUUAGGUAUGCAGUUAUCCAUGUAUCCAUGGGAUUAAGACUUAACAGAGUGUUAUGUGUGUGGUUAUUCAUCAUCCAUGUAACCAGAGUGGUCCCUGGAAAACUUGAAGAGGCACACAAGGAUAUACAAGAAAAUAAGAAAAGCAAGAGCUAAACAUGAAGAUAUAAAAAAAUCUCUGAAACCAGUUGAGACCAAGUGACGCACGUUAUUUUGUAUGACUUUACGACACAAUAAAGCAUUGCUUUGUUAGAGCUGCAUUCAAUCUUUAAAUUUUAAUUUACUCGUCCAAUCGGUUUUAUAAUUAAAUAUGAACAGUGCCCGAUGCGCACACAUCUCCUUACCUGCAUUGCCCAUCUUCAAUUCGAAAAUCUCCGUUGCAUAAUUCACCAUACACUUCACCUUGGAAAAUGGCGUACUUUUGUUCAUAUUUAACAUGAGUUUCAUAACUUGCAUUUAAAGAGAUACUUUUUUUAUCUCAGAUAAACAGCUUUUAUAAUAAUUGAGAGCAGAUGGUGGAGUACUUAAAUUUGGGUUAGUUUAAACUCGCAUCCGUUUGUACAUGUUGGGGUUUUUAUAACAUAAGCACUGCUCUUCAAUAAUUGGUGUUCUCUUGGUUACUUGAAUGUCAUUAACGACAAGCAGAUAAUUGCUUUGUUCAUUUGUACCUUUUUCAAGGUUUGCAAAAUAUUUGUGUCUAGUUAUUUUUCAUUGUGUUCUACGUGUUAUACUCUCGCUCUUAUGAUUAUUCCAUCAAGAUGUUUAUGGUUAAUGUCUUCUUACACUUGCUUUGAAUGAUUUCAAAUUCAAUAAUGGUUUUAUCGAUGAUAUUUGUGUUAUGUAAUUGUCUAUCGAAUGUGUCAAGAUCAUAUUUUGUUUUUAUGCCCCCCUUCGAAGAAGAGGGGGUAUAUUGUUUUGCACAUGUCGGUUGGUCCAUCAACCAAAUGGUUUCGGGAUGAUAACUCAAGAACGCUUAGGCCUAGGAUCAUGAAACUUUAUACGUACAUGUGUACAAUGAUCAUGACUGGCAGAUGACCCCUAUUGAUUUUCAGGACACUAGCAGGGAUUUCCACAGGCCAUUUAACGAUCCCUCGCCGGGGCGCUUGAAUUUCGAAAUCAGAGUCCCCGGGGCGCUUGAAAUGUUCCGAUAAGUGCAUUUUUCAGUAAAAAAAAGUGGAGAUUGUCAAAAAUAUCAAGGUUUCUCUAUCAGUGUAUCAAUAUUCCCUGUUUUAAAAUAGCAUUCAGUACCUACUUUCACAAGUAAUCGCCAUAAACACCACAUGGGGUAAUGGAUAAUCCACUGAUAAGAGAAUAGCAUGUGUCAGAAAAUGGGAUGCGCAUGCGUCAGAAAACUCCACAACAAAAUUGCUUAGCUCUCACAAAAUUAAUUAUACUUCACUUAUUUCUGGUUCAGUCACAAAUUUUUCUGGUGUUGGUGGUAAGAUCUAUCCCAAAUCUAGCAUAACUUACCAUCUUAUUGGAAAAAAUUGCCGUUUUUCCCCAGUUAUUUCGCUGAUGAAUAUUAGUGAAGUAACUUCCGUCUACUUCCGGGUGUCCGACUACUAGUACACUAUAAUUGACUAUGUAUUCUAGCUCCUGUACGUUUUGUUCCUUGAUAAUUAUUAUCAGUUCGUAGCCUCUACAUGUAAGAUACAUCCUCAUGAGGUCCAUGACAGUUCAAUACUGACUAGAAAUAAGGAAAUGUCCGCCUCAGUCCUUCGCAAAGCACGGAGCCUUGGUAUUCUUGCCAUUUCUGUCAAAAAAGGUGAUAAAAAAUACCCUGUCAAAUGUAAGUUGGCAUUUCUAUAUUUGUUUUGCUUACUGGUCAACCAGUCAUCAGACAUUGAGUUAAACCCAGGACCAGUAAGUUAUCCUCCCCAGUACCCCUGCGACAAGUGUGAUCUGGAAGUGUCCUGGAGCGAGAAAACCAUCUGUUGCGACAGUUGUGAUCGAUGGUUUCACACAGACUGCCAAGAGAUAGGUCAUGGUGUCACACCGGUCUUACUGACCUGUGUGAAUGCGCGCUAAGCAUUGUGGGAAACGGACAUUUUUCCAUCAUGGCGUUGGUAAACAUAAUAAAGACGGAAGUGAAAAAUGGUAAUUACAUUUGUAAUUAUUAUCAAAAACAGGCCCCAUCAAACCGGGCCAGCUGUAAUAUAUAUUUGGAUGCAGUUUGUGCUUCAAAUGGAGCAAUUUUUCAUGUCAGUCUAUUGUUUGUAAGAAUCACUAAACACGUAUCUUAGACUAACUAAACACGUUGCAAGACGGUAUCUUCGAAAUAGUAAAUAAAUCUAAAUCAUAAAUAUUUAUAAUUAAAUACCUAAUUAUUACUAAAUUACUGAAAUGUGAGAACGUAAACGAUUUAAAAUAAACGCUGUGAACAUACAAGGAAUCUUACAUGUAGGCCUAAUGUGUGAGAGGAUUAAUCAGGGAUAAAAUAAAAUGAAGUUCGAAGGAUCUAACAUUUUGAGGAGGACGUCAUGGUAUCUUGGACAUUUGGCACUUUCAUAUAUUUAUUUAGUAGAUACUGAAAAUGCUUAAUGUGCUAAUUGCAACAUCAAAGACGAGCAGGUGAGAUUUUUACAGUUUUAUUUUUCUUGAUAUAAUAUUGUAUGUUUUCCAUUAAAUUUAUAUGCCAGUGUUUUUUUUUCACCAUUUUGCGAAUGGGGCUGGGUCCCUUUAAAUUGGGAAAUAACAAGUUUUUUUAAGUAAAUUUGGGAGAUUGAUAUUGUUGCUUUUAUGAUUAAAAAUACUUUGAAAUUGAUAAUAAUAUUGAUUGCAAUAUGAUAUAUUUUAAGGUUCAACUUAUAGCUUGACUUUGAGAUAAUUUACAUGUUUAUAUAAUUAUUAAAAUAUUUUUUGUGCUGAAACCUUCCAUUGGGAAUUUUUAGGUCCCAUUUGGAAAAAAUACAUACUUUUUUCCUUGGGGAAUUGGUCCUCUUACCGGACCCAAAUUUGAAAGAUAAAAAACACUGUAUGCUCAAUUUUAGCUCGGCUGUUUUUGGGGAAAACCCUAGGUAUUGUCAUAGACAGCUCGUCGUCAGAUGUCCGCGUCGUUCUAAAACCUUUACAUCAGCUCUAAAAUCAAAGUGCUUCCACCUAUAACUUUGAAACUUCAUAUGUAUAUGCACCUUUAUGAUUUCUACACUUCACACCCAUUUUGGGGUCACUCGGUCCAAGGUCAAGGUCACUAACCUCUAAAAAAUUUCAUUUAUUCAAAACUGCACCGCAGCCUAGCUUGGCACCCAUUAUGUGGUGCUCUUGUUUUUAUAUUUUAUUUUAAAAAUGUAUUAAUAACUAGAAUAGUUGAUGCAUGUUUAAAUAAAAAGAUACAGCCAUGAACAGUGUGUUUUAAUUUUUAAUAAAUAUGCUUUGAUUGCGUAUAUGCAAAACAAUGAAGUCCAUAAAUUGUUUACUGAUUUUUAAAAUGUUGAAUAUCACACCUUACGUACCAGUCUGUUUAUGUACGGACACUUUAUGUACCACUACCUGACACUUUAUUUACCAUAUUUAUAAAUGUAAUAUAUAGAAAUAACUAAUUUAAUAUGAAUGUGUUUUAUUGAUGAAAUGUAUUUUGUGUGAUAGUAUUUAUGAAUUUAGACUUAUAUAUUGGCCAUAGAUUUUAUUUUUUGUCAGAUUGUCUAAGUGUCACUGAGUGUCUUAGUGUAAUUUAUUAGCCCAAGUACAUGUAGUAGUUAAUAAAUGAUUUAUUAGUCUUACCUGAAAUUGAAUUAAAUUAUAAAAAUUCA